AAUUAGCCUUGUUAAAACAACCAGACUUGGUAAAAAUCAGUCAAAAUAGGUUAAAUGUGUAUAAAAAGAAAUUGACGACAACUCGAAAUGUUUAUUUUUUUUUGUUUAUAUCGAAAUUUAUACUGUUUAUUAAUUAUGUUACUAUUCUUUUCUUUAUCAUAGUUUAAUAAAAUUUCCUGAAAAAUUUCGAGAAUAACACACCUCUCCUAUAAAAUAACCGUCAUUCCGAAUAUAAUCAUUGUGAAUUUUCUUCAGUUUUUUUUUAUAAUUAUGUAUUAUUUAGCUUAGUCCUUAGAUAGACACAGUUAAAGUGUUAUAUAUUUAUUUUCUUAACAUCAAUUAUGAGCACAUUUAUUGAAGAAAAAGUUUUAAUCGUUUUUGUUGUGAUUUGAUAUAUUUACAUCAAGUUUAUUCAAUAAUUAAAUAUAAGGAAAUGUUUUACCUAUUUAACAUGGUGAUAGCUAUAAAAGUAUGUCUAUGUGAUUAUCUUUAGUAUCCUAAUUAUUCUGAACUGUCAGGGAUGUCCAUAAAGAGUUGGAUCAUAAAAAGUAUUCUACAUGAAAAAAGAUUGAAAUCAAAGAUGAAAAAUAUAACCACAUAAACAAAUUUUCACCAGUUUAGUUAUACAAAUUCAUUAAAGAUUUAAAUAGCUGUUGUAUCUUUGUGUAUUAAAAAUCUAAAUUUAAUUGAAUAAAUAUAAGCAAAUCAUGACUGAUAUCGCUAUUCAAGACUUGCAGGAUUUGCUAGUUUAUUUUUCAAAAAAUACGUACAAAGCCAAAGAUGCUGAUUGCACGGGCCAAACAAUCAUGCAGCAAUGCCUUCUGCUAGUGGAUUUAGAUUACACACAUUCAGUAAUUAAUAAUGUCGCUGGUGAUCUUAGUGCACAUUAUCCAAGUCAUUUAAUUAUUUUUGAAAAUGAAAAGCGAAGAAAUCCAUAUAUAUGUGAUACACCGCCACAACUGCCACGUACAACGGAAACUAUUUAUGAAAAUACAUAUGAUUCUAAUAAAUUGAAAGAUUUAAUUAAAAAUGCUAGAUUCGCAAGAUGUCGUUCAAGAUUUCCACUGCCUGUAAUACUUUAUAAGGGUAGAUUUAUAUGUAGAUCAGCUACAUUAUCAGGAGGUCCCGAAAUUUAUGGAAGAUCUGGAUUAAAUUAUUUAUUUGCUGGAAAUGAAUCUGCUAAUGCUUUUCAUCAGCGACUAGAUGAGGCUGGAUGCAGUGAUUCGGCACUAAGUGAUUGGCAAUUAUUUGAUAAAGUUAGGAAUCAAGAUAUUAAACUUCUCAAAGCCCUUAAUGUUGGUAAUAUAAUUGAUUUUAUGGUUGAAAAAAAAAAAGUAAAGUUCGGCAUGAAUGUGACUUCAUCGGAGAAAGUUGAUAAAGAAAAAAGAUAUGCAGAUUUCACAAUAAUCUCACUACCGUAUCCUGGUUGUGAAUUUUUCAAAGAAUUUCGAGAAAAUGAUUAUCAAGCAAAAGGUUUAAUUUUCGAUUGGUCACAAACACAUGUUGAUGCUCAAAUUGGAGUUCCUGAAGAUAUAAUAUCCACCCAGCUGAAAAUUAAUUGGGAACAAUAUCAAGUAUGGGAUUUGGUUAAAUUGACACAAAAUUACUUCAAACUUAUACUUAAUUACCUAAGUGAUAGUAGUAAUGGAAUGUUGAUUCAUUGUAUUUCCGGAUGGGAUCGAACUCCUCUUUUUAUCUCGUUAUUGAGAAUAAGUUUGUGGGCAGAUGGAGCAAUCCAUACAUCUUUAAAUGCUCACCAAAUUUUAUACUUUACGAUUGCAUAUGACUGGUUGCUAUUUGGUCACGAUUUACAAGAUCGGCUCAGUAAAGGCGAAGAAAUAUUCUUUUUUUGUUUUUUUUUUUUAAAGCAUAUUCAAGAUGAAGAAUUUAGUAUUACUCAUAAAAGUACAAGAGUUCGUCAUUCAGUACAAUGUCAUGAUAGUGAUCCACAGUUGGAUAAUGCAAUGUUUGAUACCGAGUCUGUUGUAACAUUGAGUUCAGUUAGCUCUAAUAUGAGCUUAAAUAGCUGGUGUAGCUCUUUCAGCCAAAACAGUAGGGAUAGUCAAGAUAAUAAUCCACCUACAGUAUUUCCAUGCUCUUCCACAGACAAUCAAGAUGACAGCCAUAGUAAUGGAAAUGUGAUGCCAUGGACAUUUUUCAACUCACAAAAUAAAGAAAGUGAUAAAAAAACCGUUGGUCACGGUUCAUGUUCACCUUUGCUGUCAAAUAGUCGCACUUCUCCAGUAGCUGUUCCUAUUCCUGGACGCUUUCGACAACGCAACGAAUCUUCGUCUUCCGCUGGUUCUUGGCAAAUGAUUUCAGGAACGGGUAGCUUACGAGGGUCAACAACCUCCAAUUGUGCACUACCGGAAUUUCUAUCCGCCUCUACACUAACUUGUAAAUCGCAGUGCAUAACUUGUUCUGGUCAAACUUCUCAAGAAUCAAGUGUAACAGUGAUUGAAGAUGAUUUAGCUCUGUCUUCAGCCCAAUCACGUAAAGAUAGGCUACACAGCGUUCGGACAUUGUUUUAUAAUAUUUACAGCCAUACAGUUGGAUUUAGAAUGAAAGAAAAUUCGGAAUCUAGUGGAUUCGGUCAAUUAUUGGGGAAUUUCGCUGAAAAAGUAGGUAUAUUAUCGGUGCAACGUACGUCAUUAUGACCUUAAAUUAUAAUAAAGGGCUUUAUAUUAUUACUAUAUGAAAUUGAAUUGUUUAAACUGGUUCAUAUUAAAUUUUUCACUAAUAUAAAAUGAAUGGUGGAUGAGAUUAAAUUUUUAAAGUAAAUAGAAUGCAACUUUCUAAAUUUGAUGUAUACGUGUACAAUAAAUUAAACUUAAUAUUUUUCAUAUA